AUGAAUAUUAGUGAAGAAUCGAUAGUGAGUGAAAGUAGUGUGACUUCUUCGAGUGCCAGCAGUGUGGACAGUUCAAAGAAGAUCAAAUCAAAGAUGAAGGACAACACAGAUGGGAACAAAUCAAAGAUGAGAGAUGGUAAAGACGAUAAUAAUAUGGAGAUGUAGAUGUGUAAAAUAAAUAAAUAUAAUUGUGAUAAUUUUGUUGUUGUAUUUUUUGUUUGUAUUUGUAUGUAUUUUUUUUGUUGUUCC